ACGGCCCCACCCCCGACAUUUGAACCUACACACUACCUACGCAACUGACCCGACCCGGCUUCAACAACUCGACGGCGCCGGAUAUAUACGAGGAAUCACAGUCAACAUGCUGCUGCUCGACUACCAGAACGUCCUGAUCCAGGCGGUGCUCACCGAGCGUUUCGCUCCUGGAGCUUCCCCCGUCAACAUCGACCAGACUGUCUCCGACUUUGACGGCGUCGUCUUCCACAUCUCCACCCCCGAAUCCAAGACCAAGAUCCUCGUCUCUCUCCAAAUUCGAUGCUUCCAGGAUCUCGUUCGCUACGGCGCUGAGCAGGUCCUCAACCGCGAAUAUGGCGAUCUCGUUGUCCCUCCCGAGGCCGGCUAUGACUUUUCCAUCCAGGUCGACCUCGAGAACCUCCCCGCCGAACAGGAGGCCCGCGAUGCCCUUGUCAUGAAGAUUGCCUUGUUAAAGCGCAAUGCCAUGGCCGCGCCCUUCGAGCAGGCCUACCAGGAACACUACGCCCUAAAGGAGGAAGCGUCCAAGUUUACAUCCGAGGAGGCGCCACAGGGUGUCCGUGAGGGUGGAGAGGUCAAGGCUAUUCACUACCGAGAAGAGGAGGCUAUCUACGUCAAGGCCAGCCACGACCGUGUGACCGUCAUAUUCAGUACCAUUUUUAGGGAAGAAACGGACAGAGUAUUCGGCAAGGUCUUCAUCCAGGAAUUCGUCGAUGCCCGGCGCAGAGCCAUCCAGAACGCCCCCCAGGUCCUGUUCCGCAACGAUCCUCCUCUCGAGCUUCAGAAUGUUCCGGGGGUGAAGAAUACUGGUACAGGCGAGAUUGGUUAUGUCACUUUUGUCCUGUUCCCUCGCCAUCUCACUCCUCAGCGGAUGCCCGAUGUUAUCUCCCAUAUCCAGACCUUCCGCGACUACUUCCACUAUCACAUCAAGGCCUCCAAGGCGUAUAUCCACUCGCGUAUGCGCAAACGCACCGCCGAUUUCCUCCAGGUUCUCCGGAGAGCCAGGCCCGAUACGGAAGAAAAGGAGAAGAAGACAGCAAGCGGAAGGACAUUCAAGGCUGGCGCUUAAGGAAUUCGUGCAGCGGUUUGUGUAUCACGUUACUAUGCCUUUACUUGAAACCCGUCAUGUUAGUCUAUCGGCAAAGGCGGCCGAAGAUGACCACUUACAGUUACAAAAGACAGACAAUAUUAAUCACUACCCUAAUCAUUCCACUCGAUUUACAUAG